AUUUACCAGGAGUCAAUAGUGGAGCCUGGCAAUAUCAUCAGCCAUAACUUCCCCCAUAAAUUCCAAACAACUUCUUUAGUGGAGCCAAAUGCUUCUGAUAAUAAAUAUCUUUAAUGAUACUUUUAAUCACGUCACCUUGAUAGAUGCCUCACUAAUUGUUUCUAUUUACCAGGAAUCAUCUGGCACCAACAACUGCCAGGAAAGCCCAGAGGAAGAGGAUCUGGGAAAUGAGGAGGAGCCGGAGGAAAGUGCUCAGGAAGAACAAGUGAUUGAGCACGAGGGGGAGAAUUCCAUCAACUCCCCCCAACCACCAACCCAAUCCAUCAACUUCCCCCACUGUCAGGAGGAAAACAAAACUCCGCUCUCAAAGAUACUCCCGAAAACCGAGAAACAUUUAAAAAUCGGAAGAGUCAUCGGAGAGGGUCCAUUUUGUCGAGUUCAUCUGGGAUGGCAUAUUGACCUACAAAAAGAAGUGACCAUAAAGAUCAUCAAUGACCCGGAGAAUGAAAAAUACCAGGAAGAAGAACUAGAAAUUCUCCGGAAGGUCACCGGCCACCACAAUGUCAUCAAGUUUUACGGGGCAUUUUAUCACCGGGCCCCGCGCAGGAGCACGCCGUCUAAAGGUCUAUCGAUCUCUAUGGAACUGUGCACUGGUGGGACCAUCCGUGACCUCAUGAGCGGAAGGAAAAACAAUUCUUUGGGCGAGAAGUGGACGGCUUAUAUCUGUAAAGAGGUGAUAAAGGGUCUGUGCCACCUAGAGACAGUGGAAGUCAUCCAUCAUGACAUCAAGCCCAUCAAUCUAAUGCUGACGUCAUCCGGCAAUGUUAAGAUUGGUGAUUUCUCAUGCGCCACCAUGGGAAGGAAGAGUUCGAGCACGGAAGGAACUCUAACAUAUAUGGCACCGGAGGCACUUGCCUGUAUGAGAAAGAAGAACCUUGACUAUGACCACAAGGCGGACAUCUGGUCAUUGGGAGUGUCAGCCCUGGAAAUGGUAGAAGGUUCUCUCCCAUACAGACAGCUCAGUAAACAUCAGCUGAUCAACCAGAUUCUUUUUGGUCCUGCUUUAAGACCAACCUGGGACAAAUGGAGUGAAGAAUUCAAUUUCUUCAUCCGAGAAUGCGUGCAGAAAAACCCAGCAAAAAGACCAAGCGCACGGCAGCUGCUCCAUCACCCCUUUAUCAGCAACCUGUGUGAUGAAGCAGCUGUGAAGAGGAGCAUUGCAAAACAACUGCAAAGAGGCUGGAAGAACUGAAGAGCUGAGGCAGCCAUCGGGGGGAGGGACGGGGGCACCGGGGCCCAUUUGUCAUCUUUGGGCCCCACUAUAACAUCUUGGUCCCCGAUGGCAGCCGACAUGAAAGAAAUCAGAUCACAACAUCGAUCUGUUUGUAAAUGACUAAUAAACAUUUGGCAAUUUG